AUGGAGACUCCAUCAGUUGAAAAAAUAGUUGAAAUUGAACUGUCAAGGCUCAAGAAUGAAAAUCAGUUGGUUCUGGAUGAUAAUCUAACACCAUUCUCGUUAAGGGUUAGAAAUGAUGUGAAAAGAGAAGAUCGGUUAUUUGACUCGCCGUUGAAGCAUGGGAUCCAUAAAUCAAAUACUUUAGAUGCUUUAAAUCUCGAACUGAUUGAAUUUCCUAAAUUUGAACAAACAGAAAAUGGGAUGAACAAUGAUAAAGAGGCUGAAGAUUCGAUUGAUUCCUCUUCUUCGGAUUCAUCAGAAGUGCCAAUACAUCAUUUAGAAGUUGAAGAGUCACCUAUGAGUCAAAAAGCCGGCUAUGAAAUGGAUCUGUUAAAGAUCUUUGAUAGUAAGAUUGAAAAUGCAGAUAUUUCAUUAGAGGAGUUCCCAUUGUAUGAAUACACACCAAUAAGCAAAGAGAUUAUAGAAACUGAAGAAGCUCUCAAGACCCCAGACUUUUUGCAAGGUCUUGAUCAAGAUGAAGAAGGGUCAGUUGCAAGAAGAACAAGACAAAAGAUAAAGACAUCACCGAUCAAAAAACAACCAACACUUUUGAAAAAAAGUAAAAGUAAGAUACCAUUACCCACAAGUUCUUUACCAGGUGGUGAGAUACGGCGUUCUAAAAGAUUGGAAUCUCAGAAUAUUCCAACAUCACCUACAAGGAAAACAUGUUCACCAAAUAAAAAAUUUGAUAAUUUAAAACCAGUAUUAAGAAUCAAAUCGAAAAACUCAUUAAACUUGAUUGUUGAUUCAUCAACGGGUCAGCUUCAUGAUGCCACACAAUAUGCCACUGAGAUUAAUGCAAAUAAUGGAGAAGGUAUUCCAUUGCCUAAAACUAUGAAUGAACAAGUUACAAUACCGAUUAAUGGACCAAGAAGAAGCAAGAUACCCAAAACAGCCAUAGUUAGAGGAUUUAUGCACAAGAUACCCAGUGGCACUAAACAACUUGGGACAUCGAAAGUUGGAUUUUAUUCUGAAGAUGCAUACAAAACUUAUUUCUGUUCCAAAGCAUCACCAAGUAAAGUUAUGAAGCCAACCACUGGAUCACCCUCAAAGAAAGCUGUGAAAAAGAAAAGAUCAGUUCGUUGGGCUGAUAAAUUGGAAUGGUAG